GCUGACGUCAUUUUCAGUUUAUAACCUGUGGAAAUGUGUGUAUGCAUUUAGUACUCUCUGGAAUUAAACGCUCUUACCUGACUUUUAAGACGGGUCUCGAUCUACUUCAUACAUAAUUAAUGAACUUACACCUCAUUAAUGAAUUAGAAACGAGUGCGAAUUUGGUUUUGGCUGUAAAACAAUAAGGAAUUUAGAAAUUCCUCUAUCAUGGGGUUAGCACCACACGAUACCUCCAGACUCACUACAGGGACACUCAGAGCUGGUUCCUGUUUGUUUCCAUGGUAGCUGACCUGCGGAACACCUUCUUUGUUUUCUUCCCUGUGUGUUUCCACCUGCGGGAAUCAGUGGGGAUCAAGCUGGUCUGGGUGGCUGUGGUGGGAGACUGGCUCAACCUUAUCUUCAAAUGGAUCCUGUUUGGCGAGCGUCCCUAUUGGUGGGUUCAAGAGACUCCUUACUAUGGCAACUCAUCAGCACCACAAAUUGGGCAGUUCCCUAUGACCUGUGAGACUAGUCCAGGAAGUCCGUUGGGUCAUGCCAUGAGUGCUGCAGGGGUUUACUACGCUAUGAUCUCAUCACUCCUCGCCAUCCUCCUCAAGGAACAUGGGGGUCACAUCAAGAACUGGUGUGUCCGCGGGACCCUGUGGGCUGUCUUCUGGUGUGUGCAGGUGUGUGUCUGUCUCUCCAGGGUUUUCAUCGCUGCCCACUUCCCUCACCAGGUUGUCGCUGGGGUCAUCACAGGCAUCCUAGUGGCGGAGACCUUUGACCGGGUCCAGUGGAUCUGCAGGGCUAGCCUGAGGCGCUACGUCUACACCACCCUCUCCCUGCUCUCCUUCGCUGUGGGCCUUUACCUGGUCCUCAGGGGCCUGGGGGUGGACCUGCUCUGGACCCUGGACAAGGCCCAGCGCUGGUGCCAGCAGCCCCAAUGGGUCCACAUAGACACUACACCCUUCGCCAGCCUCCUGCGCAACACCGGCACUCUAUUAGGCCUGGGCUUGGGCUUGGGCUUGCACUCGCCCCUCUACGCCGAGGCCCGGCGAGUUGGCGGUGGCGCCACCUACAGGCUGGCAUGUGUGGGCGCCACACUGCUUCUGCUCUACCUACUAGACUUAUUCAGGCCACCAGCCCACACCAGGGCUCUGUUCUACCUGCUGUCCUUCUGUAAGAGUGCCACUGUGCCCCUGGCCACUGUGGGCAUAGUGCCCUACUGCGUGGCCGAGGCAGCGGGACGAAACGGAAAGAAACACCAGUUUUGAA